AUGUGUGAUAAUUACUCAAUCAGCGAACAAGUUUUAGCAAGUUCAUUUGUUAUUCGAGAAGAGAAGCCAUAUUCAGUGGAUCCUUYUCUGGAACUCUUUGAAGAACACUUUAUCGGGCUGCUAAAUUAUAAGACAUCAAUUGUGACUAAUCGUUUAAGCUUGACAAUGGUCUACGUCACAGCUCUUCUGGGCAAUACCAUUGUUUUGACAGCCAUAUCGCAAGUCAAAUUCAAACGAAAUGUUUCGAAUUAUUUGAUAGCGUCUCUCUCGGCUGYGGAUCUUCUGGUUGGGCUGGUAAUGAAUCCAAUGUUGAUAGCCAAGAUAUUUAUGAAUGUYUGGCAAGGAGAUCACUGGCUGUCCGUUUCAGCAGAUUUUAUGUGGCUCCAAACGACCACAGCUACGACGUUUAGUCUUUGUGCUGUCAGCUAUGACCGUUACAUUGCAAUAAGAUCCGUGUUUCGCUAUCGCCAUAUAAUAACGAGAAAACGGGCAAUCACGCUAGCAAUAUUAAUUUGGUCACUUUCCUUCUUCGUGGCUUCUGUGAGACUUUGCCUCAAARAUUAUCCUCARCAUCUAUCAAAGCUCUGGAUUGGAGCAACACUYUUAACUGUGUUUAUGCCGUUAUUAUUCAUCGCCUUUUGUUACAUCCAUAUUUACAGGGCAGCAAAAAUCCAGAUGAAAAAAAUUGCAAGAAAUGAAUUUAAUAAAAGGCAAGUCAAUGCUGUACGUAGGAACAAGAARGCAGCAUGCACUGURGCGAUYGUGAUUGGUCUAUUYGUGUUAUUAUGGAUACCGACUCUGGCUGCUUCUAUUGCGGAGUUCGUAGUGUCAGAUUCAUGUGAAGCCAGAGUCAAAAUUGACUACGCCUGGUUCUGGGUUGCUUUUUUAUCUUUUAUUUCAUCYRSUAUUAACCCUUGGAUCUAUACYAUAAGAAUCCGUGAAUUUCGAACAUUUUUGAAGCGACACUUUGUGGCAAGGUACGAAAAAUCGUUUAGAAAAAGCAAUGAACGAAGAGCUGGGAGCCUUCCUACGGACAUUUGA